AUUGAGUACAAGUACUCCUUUGAUAUAGAAACAGUUUUUUUUUUUUGUUUAAAUUAGGCUGCAAUCAUAUUUCAAACUAUCUGAUAAUGUGUUCAAUGGGCCUAUAUAGAGAUGUUAUGCUGCUCAUGCUAUCAGCUGCUAUUUCUUUUGUUACAGCUGAUCCCAGGGUAUGGCUAGAUGUUCCUGUAGCUGGUGAUUGUAGAGGUGAUACUAUUAUCACGUGUUAUUAUACUGAUCUACCACUAGCUACAUGGACUUGGAGUCGAAAAUUUGGAGAUUCUUGGCAAACGUUUAUUGUAAAUGGAACACAAACUGGCCCCACUCCUGGAUCUGUAAGAGAGAAGAAAAUUAAUGGCUCUUCAUUCUCGUUGAUUACUGAAUAUGCAAAUAACAUGGCACGGGGUUGGUACAAAUGCAGUGUUGGAAGUUAUGAAGCUAAACAGAGAUAUGUGGAUGUUGAGUGCAAACCAAUCAACCUCAUUGUCAGCCGUGCAGACGAUCAGCAUUUAGAAAUUAUACUGGCAGACGUGCAUCCUAUCCCAAAGAUUAGCUUAACGUUAAUGGACUCAUCCUCUCGAACAGUAGCCCUAGAUUUUCAACAUUACUGUGCGGCAAAUGGAUGGACAAUUACUUGCAAAUGGAUUUCUACAACACCAUUGCCUAUUGGAAGCUUUUCCUACAAACUUGUGGUCACAACUAUUACAGACACGGUUUUUACAGGAAAUAUAAAUUAAACUUAUCAGACAGCUGAUGCCUUUCUCCAUUAUGAGUUAAUCAUUAAACGAUGAAAAUAUAAAACUCUGUCAAAAGAUAACUCUUCUUUGUGUUGAAUUGUAAUAUUCGAUUGAACAUAGUUCUUAAACAAAUAUUAACAAAAUACAUUCGUAAUCAAGUUUUUGUCCU